AUGGUAUUAAUAUCUAUUAUGUGGGAGUCAAGGCGGGUUAUUGGGUUUGGGUUGGAUAAUGUAUCUAGCUAUCUGUGA